CAGUGUAACAGUUGAACGCGUCGAGACUACAAGUGCUUGUUUCAAUUCUCUUUACCUUGUGGAACCUAUAUACAAAACCGUUCUAAAAUGAAUAUCGCACCAGUCGGGCCGCAACCUGCUCAAUUGGUUUGUCCGUCCUGUAGUGCAACGAUAGUAACCAAGGUCACUCACAAAGCAACAACGAAAACACACAUUAUUGCACUAGUCCUGUGUCUAUUCUUAUGCUGGCCAUGUGUAUGUAUUCCGUAUUGUACGAAUACGUGUCGGAAUGCUAACCAUUAUUGUCCAAAUUGUAACUCCUACCUUGGCACUUACUCGAGCUAGAUUUAUUCAAGAACCGCCGGUCUACUCUUAAAACUAACUAAGUACACAGACUUUGGAAUAAAUAUUGCAUUGUUUAAUGAAUUAAUUCACAUUGAUAUAAAUUUAUUACGAUU